AGCUGUGAAAGUACGAUUAACUAAUGACUAUUUGUAGAUUCGCAAGUUGAAUUUUUGUGUUCGGCAACGCGGGGAUUACAUGCCUUCGUACAAAUGUUUGAUUAUCCCCAGUCGCAAUUUGCCGCCUCGAGAUAUGCUCCGAGCAUAUUAUCGAGAUAUAUACAAAAAUAAUUGCACAAUAAUACGUGCGAAGUUACCGAAUUGCGUAUUUCGCGAAACUCUUGAACAACUUAAGAUGUUUAGUUUGAAUAUCUCGCGACGCGUGACGCGUGUGGAACGCAGCAGUUAAAAAACUACUGAUAAGAAAACGAUGCCGCAGUGCUAUCUCGCAGGAAGUAGUAUAUCUUCACGUAUGCGUUUUAACGAUCGAUUAUAAUGCGACGGAGAAUAUUCCACAAGUUGCUCGCUUUGCACGACAGCCGUACGAUCGUUUCGCGUCCUAACCUCUCGAAAAUUUCCAAGUGUACAAAUACAAAUUGCGAAAUGGCAACGGACACGAGAUUCCUGCUGGAGUCGAGGGCCAUUCUGCGAGAUAUCUUCCGCGCCGCCGUGAAAGCGGUGUCGCCGAACGAGAUCAUACGGAGACGGGUGAAACUGCGAGAUAACGCUUUGCACGUCGACGGGAGGAGCUUCCCGCUCAAAGGUGACGUCUACCUCGUCGGGUUCGGUAAGGCGGUCAUGGGAAUGGCCGUGGAGCUCGAGCGAGUGCUCGGCGACACCUUGAGGAGGGGCAUCGUCAGCGUGCCGAGCGUAUCCAGGGACGCCGUGUGGGCCUCCUAUGAAUCCGGCUUCCCCAAGUUGCACGACAGUAGGAUAGACUAUCGCGCGGGCGGUGUCGACAAUCGGCCUGACGGCAGAUCGUUGGCCACCACGCACGACAUUAUAGACCUGGUGGAGAAGUUGACCGUGACAGACACCCUCGUGGUGCUGGUGUCGGGUGGGGGCUCGGCGUUGCUGUACAUGCCGAGGCCCGUCCUGGAUCAGGACGACAAGCUGGAGCUCUGUAGAAGGCUGCAAAACGCCGGCGCCGACAUCACCGAGCUGAACACCGUGAGGAAGAAGCUGUCCCUAGUGAAGGGCGGCGGUUUGGCACGUAUCGCCUAUCCCGCGUCCGUCAUCACGCUAAUACUGUCCGAUAUCGUCGGCGAUCCCGUGGACCUGAUCGCCAGCGGCCCCACCGUUUACAGCCCGAGAGCACCGGAGCAUGUGGUCGCUAUAUUGAAAAAGUAUAACCUGUUUCAGUCACUGGAGGGCGACUUGAAGGCGGUCGUCACGUCCAAGGAGACGUUCAACGACAAACCGCUGCUGAAUCCGGCCAAGCAGUUCAAACACGUCGCGAAUAUGAUUCUGGGAAACAACACGACGGCUCUCGAAGCCGCGAGACUCGAAGCCUCGCGCAAAAAGCUGACCCCAAUAUUAUUAAGGAACGACGUCACGGGGAAUGUGCAGGACGUUAGUUCGGCGUAUGUUCACAUAACGAGUCUGAUAUGUCUCGCCUUGCUGAACGAGCUGGAUAGACAGGGAUUUUACGACAGAGUACGGACUAUGCCGAUACUCUCAUUGUCCAGCGAUAAAGUCAACGAGAUCUUUCGUUGUAUCACUGGCACUCUCGACGGUAUAGUUUUAAUUGGCGCAGGCGAGCCGACGGUUGUGGUGACCGGUCGAGGCAAGGGCGGUAGAAAUCAGGAGUUGGCUUUACGUUUUUCACUAGAUUGGUUAGCCAAGAUCAAAAGUUACCCGCGACUCGCCGAGUACGAUGUGACGAUGCUCAGUGCGGGUACCGACGGUCAAGACGGUCCCACCGAUGCAACAGGUGCAUUUGGCUAUCCCGCCAUUGCGCCUGUAAUGCAUGAUCUUUACGCGAAAGUUAAAUUUAUGGGUGCUGAAGAAAAUUUACAGGCCGAGCAGGAGACGACAGACGGAAAAGCUCGGACGCAGGGUGAACGACAGCAAACGAAUAGAUUUAUAACAGAGUCCAAUGUUGAGCCGAAGGGACGGGAUUUCGUUAGCACGGAACAGCCUCCUCGAGAAGAUGUUAAUGAACAUCUCGACAAUUUCGCACUAAAGAUAAUGCAAGUGGAACGCAUGUUGCCUGAAAAUGUCCUAAAAGAAAACGACACGUACAAUUUUUACUCGCGCUUCAAGAAGGGGGCGGAUUUAGUAAAGACGGGACACACCGGUACCAAUGUUAUGGAUUUACAUUUUAUUUAUAUUAAAAAACGGCCGUGCAAGUGUGAGAUAGAAUCCUCUGACAGGCCAACAGAAGACAUCUUGGACGUACACGAUUUACAUAUUGACGCGUUGACUAUUGAAAAGUACAAGGCUACACGUGCUCCCUUAAAAUUUGACAAAGACGGACUUUUACAAACUCCAACUACCGAAGCUAAAGCGGAAAAACCGUUUCUUAAUGUAAAAAUCAUUGAUGAAAAUUUUACAGAUCCGUGUUGUAAAGGAAAAUGUAUAACGUGAUUGAUUAAAAAGUUAUAUAAAAGAAUACAUCUAUGAAAAAUCCUACAUUACGCUGUAUAAAAUAAAUAAUAAUUACACGUUCAACAAUAUUUUUUGGAAGAAAAUAGAUAAUUUACAUUGUAAAUACUGCAAAUUUUUAAAUAUAUACCUCAAUUAUAUCUGUGUAUCAAAGGCACUGCUUAAAAAUAAAUCUCUUAAAUUAUAACAUUUGCUACAUAACGUACGUUUGAAGAUAUGACAAUAUAUAUUCUCUACAUAUAUAGAGAUAUCUACAGAGCUUUUAUAAUAUAUAUUUUAUAUAUUUGUAUAUGUAUCAUAUUGUUUGACUAUAUCGACGUUUUUUUCUUAUGACAAAAAAAUAUAAAACUAAUAUUUCAUAAAGAAAUAUAUAAUUACAUAAUAUAACAUUUAUACAUAUUAGACACAAUACAACUUUGGUUACCUAAUACUUUCUAUCCAAAUAUUUUCAUAGAUGUAUUGUUUUUCUCUGAAGCUGUUAAUUAUUUUGAUAGAUACAGAAUUACUUUGACAGAGACUUUUAAAAGCUUCUUAAAAUAUUUGCUUGCAUAAGAAGAUUUAAUAUAUAAGUAGAAUCUUCUAUCAUAACUGUUUAUUAUCAAGUCUGUGCAACUAAAUAAUAUAAAAGUUUAAUAACAUCUAUAAAUUACGUUAUACAAAUAUAAACGAGAUAAUUCAUUUAGAUAAAAACGAGAUUAUUUGUACAUUUCUUAGUCAUUAGUGUACAUUAAACUUCAAAGUUUUAUACGA